GAAUAUGAUUAGGAAUAUUAUAUACUAGACGUAUGAAGUCCUAGAAUAGGAGCUACAGGGUCGUGAACAUUCUUCACGCUCUACAUUCGUUCUCUACUUCCUUCCAGAAAGGUUGCAUUCCACUGGCAAAGUGUGAGGACUCCUCGUAUCAGAAUCCAAACCCAGGUCACUUAUUAUUAUUUCUACUUGUUUUUAAGGUACUGGAAGGCUUACAACAGGACUAAGGAAUCUGCCGUAUCGCACCGGGCUGCCGCGCUCAGCAGGAGCUGGCUUUCCUCACAUCCCUACCUUGCAGGCACCGCCCAGACUCACAACUCGCGCCUCAAACCCGUGCCUCGGUCGGGCUGUGGGGCUGCCUGCGCCUGGGCCCCUAGCGCCCCACGUUGCUGUGGGAACAAGGCACCAAGCCGUGAGACGUACCGAAACCCGGGCAUGGAGCUGCCGGAUCCGGUCCGCCUGCGGCUGGGAAACUUCAGCCGGACAGUCUUUGGGGACUCAAACAGGACGGGCCCCGAGUACAAUGAAGGUCCCGACAAUGAAAUGGUUUCCAGUUUGGCAUUGCAGAUGUCACUUUAUUUUAAUGCUUACUUUUUCCCACUUUGGUGGGUGAGCAGCAUUAUGAUGCUUCAAAUGAAGUAUCCAAUUUUGCCUGAUUACUACAAAUUCAUUGUGGUCACUGUUAUCAUCCUAAUAACCUUAAUUGAAGCUAUCAGGUUGUAUCUGGGCUACAUGGGUAACCUACAGGAAAAGGUUCCUGAGUUGGCUGGCUUUUGGCUUUUGAGCCUUCUAUUGCAGUUGCCUUUGAUUCUUUUCUUGCUCUUUAAUGAAGGCCUAAUGAAUCUGCCCUUGGAAAAAGCAGUGCACAUCAUCUUCACUAUGUUCCUUACUUUCCAAGUUGUUUCAGCAUUUCUUACCUUGAGGAAAAUGGUAAAUCAGUUGGCAACUCGUUUCCACCUCCAGGACUUUGACAGGCUCUCUGCAAACAGAGGAGGCAUGAGAACAAUGAGAUCCUGUAUAGAAGAGAUUUGACCCAGUGCUGUUUAGUGACACAUCUGAAAGGUCAUUCUAGAACUGCAAGAGCUAGGAAAACAUCAGAGAUCUAGCAUGAGAAAAAGGACAAAGCAAGUAUUUGGAACUGUGAACUCUCUGGCAAUGAAAUGCCACGGUUGAGGGUGAAGACAGACUGUACAAUACACGAAAGCAGUAAGUCAACCCUAAAGCCUAGAUGUCUCCCACCUGAUGCCAAAUAUCUUAAUUUUUGGUUGUUGUUGUCUCUCUCAGGUGUGUAGAAUUCUGUGUUGGUGGUUUCAAUUUAUCAGCUUUCCUGUAAUAUCUCUAGUUAGCAUCUAUAACAUUUCUAGUUAGAAAUGUGUAUAUUUCUUUUAAACGUGUUAGCUUUCCAUGUCUUGGCAGUACAUCUGAAGCACAUGGAAAUGCUUAUCAAUAUUGUGGUGUACUAGACUAUAUUUGUAAACCAAGACACCGCAUUUUCACGUCUGCUAGGGUUAAAUUAUAACCCUAGCUCAGCUGUUAUCCUGAGGUUAAGAAGAAAACAAGUGGAUUAUCAUGGUAUUUAGGAAAUAUUUUUAUCACAAAAUUGUAACUUUCAUACAACCAUGUUCAGUAUUUAUAGUGGUAGUGGUGUGCAACAUGUCUUUACAAUAAAUUAUAAAAUAUUUAUAUUAAAGUAUUUGUAACAAAUCAUUCUUGUCUUAUGUGGUUCUUUUUGGUUGUGGGCUUAUUUUUAUUACACAGUUGCAAGGGAUAGAAGAAAUAUGUCGUAGAGAGCCUUAUAUCAAUGUGUAGUGGACACUGAACUAAGUACACUAAUCCUUGUGAUUUCAUCUGCUACAUCAUUAUUCACUAAAGAACUGCUUCAUGCCCAAUAAAUUCAUAUGAGGCUUGA